AUGUCUCGAUUCCAUUUCAUGACCGUCCUCCUGGACUGUCUCCUCUUUGAAAUGGCCGGCAAGGUCACCGACAGACAAAACCGAUGCUCUCUCGAAGACCUCGCCGACGCAUACGAACAUAUCCGCGGGACCUACAAGGAUAACCCAGGGUGCUUCGAUCUCCCUUGCGACCAGAACAUAUACCUCCACAAGCUGAACACCAUUGAUGGCUUAAGGGCAUACCUCAACCGCCUUACCAAUGGACACGGCCCCCUAUUCCCCUACCAGACAUUUGUCCAGUCCUGGUAUGAAGAUUAUCCCGCCGACGACGACUUUAUAUACCUCCCACCUUUGAAUGGCCGAGAGACCCAGGAUUUCUUGCUCCAAUAUGCCGUGACGAUCCCGCAUACCUACCACGACGACAUUGCUGCAUUGAUUCAAGCCGUUAGGGAGCAGGUCUGGAGAGACGGGGGGUCUGGUGGAGGGUACUUUAUGCUCGACAACGGGAUGAGAGCCGCCAUAAAGUUCUCAAGGGUCUACAACGCCAACAAGAGAGCAAAGGCUGCACAACAGCAGGCGAUUGAGUUGGCCGCACAACAACAGCGACAGCUGCGUCAACAACAACUUGAGGCCGAGAAGCAGGAACAGAAACGGAAACACCAAGAGGAGGAAGAGCGGAUUUUGCAGAAGAGGUUGGAGGUGGAGAAACGACAGAGAGAGCUGCAGGCAAUAUCGAAGAAGCAGGCACAAUGGAACCUACUACAGCUUCAGGUCAUGGAUAAAUUCUGGAUUAUUACCGAGUACCUCCACAAGCUUGAUUCGCAGAUGGCGACAUCCGGCCAGAAGGAGAGCGUCGAGGCACUUCGCAAGAUCCUUGAGAGCAUCCUAGGACAACAUUCAGGUGACCAGAACGUGAAGGUCCACGUCUUUGGUUCCUUUGCUUCAGGACUCUGCACCGUCACUAGCGAUGUCGACUUUACCGUCUAUAAUUUCGCACGACAUUACACCAACCCAAUUCAAGAGUUAGCCAAGACUUUCCGCUCGGCAGGAUGCCAAUCUGUCGCGGCCAUCACCAAUGCACGAGUUCCUAUCGUCUCCUUCAAGGCUCGGGGAUUCGACUGCGAUGCAAGCCUCGACCAGCCCAUGGCCGUUCUCAAUUCCAAGCUCAUCAAGACCUACACCAAGAUUGAUGGAAGGUUCGCUCAGCUAUGGCUCGCUGUGCGUCAAAUCGCAAAAGGGCACCAGAUCCUUUCCGGGAGUACUGGAUUCCUGUCGUCCUUCGCUCUCACAAUGAUGUUGAUCGUGUUUCUCCAGAACGAGGUUAGCCCUCCGAUUCUUCCGCGGCUGCAACAACAACAUUGGUCUCGAAUGGAAGAGCGUAAGAUCGAUGGCUACGACUGCUCGUUUGAUCACAACUGGGACCGUUACCGGACCUUUUCGAGUGGUAACAACGAGUCAGUUGCCAUGCUAUUGAUCGGGUUUUGUCGAUUCUACGGGUUUCAUUUCGAUUAUGCGAUGCAGGAAGUGAACCCGCGCCUGGGUGUGAUCAAGUGUCGUACCUUUGAUCCACCAGCCCACAACAAAACAGACAAGAGACGCAAGAAUUGGCCAAUUUGUAUCAUGGACCCGUUCAUUACUGGCAGGAACGUGGCGGGCAACUGUCGCAGCAACAAUGUGGCAGACAUCCAGAAGUGCUUUCGAGAUGCGUUCAGUGCGCUCAACGUAGGAGAUACAGACAUGGCGUUCAAGUGCAAAGUUUAG